GGGGGGACGGAAGGCAGGAUUCGGCUUAGCCGCCUGUGAGUAGCUGCGGCCUCGCGCCAGGAGCCCGGCUCGGGUGGGAGGCGGGGGCUGCGGGCCGGCGGUGUCGCCGCGUGGGGGCGGAGGCACGGACAGGCUGAGCCCCCGGGUGCCGCCGGGGUUGCCGUGCCGCAUCCCGUUCUGGGCCGCUGGCUCCCGUCGGGCCGCUCCGGGCCUCUGCUCGCUCUGCCGAGUCUCGGGGCCGCCCUCGGGCUCUCCGUAGCGGGCUCCGUUUCUGCCUUGGGGGGCUCCUCCUGCUGCUCUCAGUGUCAAACAGUACCAACCGAAACGCGUUUGGUUUUAUUUUGUUCUGACCCGGAUCCUGGCGGUGUCUGGGCUGUGGGCUCCGCGUUUCGGGUGGGCGUGAGCAGCGCGGGGGCUGCGGGCCGGGCGGCGCCUCGGGGAGAACGGACCGGUUUGUAACCCCGUGGGGCGUUCCUGAGGCUGUCCUGCGCUCUGUCCCCAAUACGCGGCUGUAGGACGUUGCUUUACAAAGAAAUUUUCUUUAAGUGAUGAGGAAGCUGGCAAACUGUGGCAUGAGCUUGCUAGCGAUUUUCUUCCUUAGCAUUUUGUGCUUAAGAAAGCUUUUAUUGUGGUCAGGUUUGUCUGAAAGCUCAAUAAACUGUAUGAGGCUUUAGGAUGGCUUAGGUGACUUUCGGCCUCAACAUCUCAAGGAUAUAACUAGGUUUGUGAUGGAAUUACCAUAACAACAGAGGUAAAGAAGGUCCUUGUUCUUCUCACCUGCGUGGUGUUCUUCAGUGGCAGUUUGGUUAAUGGUCUGUGCUCUGCUAGGUGCAAACUCCCAUUUGUUGUAUUAAUGUUUGUAUGUUCUUCUGGCUAUUGGUUUUAGAGUUACUGUAACUCAUUGUGAAAGAGGAGUUCCUACUAUUUGGGUGUAAUUAAUCCCAUAUAGCUAUAAGGUCUGGCUUAGGUUCUUAGCUGUAAACCAGCUCCACUGCUAAAGGUGGCUUUCCUUGAUGCUUGUCACUUACAGAUGUUCUUUAAGUGAAUGUUUUAAAGUGAUGAGAGAUACUAAGUCAAACUCUUAAACUUUAUCACAUGAUGCUUUAAUCUGCACUACUUGAAGGAGCAAAUGGGCUGCUUGCAUUGCUUGGCCUGCCAUGGAGGAGGAACUGUAUGUAUGAUGAACAAUGAUGUGUAGUCGCACAUACAAUGGCUCUUUACACCAAGUAAAAUGUCUCUUCCAUCUGAAAGCCAUUGGUAGUUUUAUAGACAUGAUUUGUCUCUUGGUCUGUGUAGGUUAAUCUUUGCAAGAUUGGAGUGGUAGGUCUGCUUGUAGCGUGCCAUUGUCAGACACUGAGGUGACAGGAGUGUGGUGCUGCAGUGCAUAUCAAUGCUUAGAUGUUAUAACUCAGCUCCUGCCUUAUCAAGCAACCAUGUCAGAAGGGGACAGUAUUGGUGAGUCUGUUCAUGGGAAGCCUUCUGUGGUCUAUCGAUUUUUCACAAGACUCGGGCAGAUCUACCAGUCCUGGUUAGACAAAUCUACUCCAUAUACUGCAGUGCGAUGGAUCGUAACUUUGGGUCUGAGUUUUAUCUACAUGAUUAGAGUUUAUUUACUGCAGGGUUGGUACAUUGUGACAUAUGCCUUGGGAAUCUACCAUCUAAAUCUCUUUAUAGCUUUCUUGUCGCCAAAGGUAGAUCCCUCUUUAAUGGAAGAUUCAGAUGAUGGUCCUUCCUUACCCACAAGGCAAAAUGAAGAAUUUCGGCCUUUCAUUCGGAGGCUCCCAGAGUUUAAAUUCUGGCACUCGGCCACUAAAGGCAUCCUGGUUGCUAUGGCAUGUACAUUCUUUGAGGCUUUCAACGUUCCUGUUUUUUGGCCAAUCCUUGUGAUGUACUUCAUUAUGCUGUUUUGUAUCACUAUGAAGAGGCAAAUCAAGCAUAUGAUAAAGUACAGAUAUAUACCCUUCACACAUGGCAAGAGGAAAUACAAAGGGAAAGAAGAUGUGGGAAAGACCUUUGCUAGCUAGAAGGUGCAAUCAACCUUUUGACCAAUUCUACUUAUAACUAAAGGAACGAUUUUUGAGCCAUUGUAACAAUGCCUUUUUUUCUUCAUAAAAAUGAUUGAGUUGUGACAAAGCAGUUGAAGUUUUAUUUUAAGAGGAUCUCGCUAUUUUUAUCUGAAGUAUCAGUUGCUUGAAGAAACUGGCAUUCUAACCAACUUGCUUUGAGUUUAUCCUUUGUAAGAAGUUGGAGAAACUUUGGAUAAUCCCCUGGAUUUGGGAUAACUGAUUUCUUUCAGGAUCCACUGCACUGGAGAGAUGAAUGGCUUUGAGUUUGUUUUUACGUAGUUCUUCACACUGUCACUCUGAAGUGCUGUGCACGUACGUAGAAAAUAGUCAGGUGGCACACAUGAUGCUGUUUUCUGCUUCAUGGCCAUUUUUGUAUAAAAAUUCAGUAGACCUAAGUAGAUGCCAGUUUGCUAAAUGCAUGGUAUUAUUGAGUCAUAAAUGGAAAAAAAUCUACAAAAGUAAGGAUUUUGCAGUAGGGAGAAAAACACACACAGCUCCUAAAGUAACUCAUUUCUGUUAGGUUUCAAUGCCAGUUUCACCAUUACAUCUCCUAGCAGAUGCUAAUAUUGGGUUCUUUCAUGGUGACUCAAAGCUUUGUUCAAAAUCUAUUCCGGUUUCCUUUGAGAACUUGGAAUUAUAAAUAUAUAUAUUUUAAUUGUUUUAGUUGGAAUUUCUUUCAUACCUAAGGGUUUCUUGAUUAACUUAAGCCGACUUCAUGCAGCCCCUUCAGAGUAUACUCCAUCUGGCCAUAGGAGACAAACUUUGUGGGUUUUAACAAAGAUUUUCAUUUUCUAUAGUUAAAAAAAAAAAAAAUCAGAUAAAUGACCUGCAUGUAAACUUUUUCAUGUGAUACAACUGCAGUUUUAUUAAGUGACUUUUUAAUUCCAAAAUUUAUUAAAAGACAGUGUCCCCCUUU